AUGAACGCACCCCACGCCCUUCCCCUUUUCGCCCUUCUUCCUCCCUCCCCAUCCGCCCCCGGCCCAUCCCAUCCUCUCCCGUCCCCAGCAUAUAUCAUCGGACCUCUCCCUCCUACGACACCACUCCACCUCGCGCUCAACCAUCUCGCUUUCGAGGACAGUCAAGCCCGCGCGCCCUCUCCACCCGCACCCAGCCGCAAAGGCAAAGAGAAGGCCACUGCGUCUCUUCCAUCAGAACCGAUCGUCGCUCCUUCGAGGGUAUUGAUCCUGACGGGUACGAAAGGGGACUUUCAGGACUGUAUAGAGCGCGAAAACGAACGGUGGAUCCGUGAUUAUGGUGGCAUAUUCGACGUCAUGCAUAGGCUCAAGAGGGUGGAUAUGAGGUACUGUCCAACCCCUGAGCAUCUUCAACUAUACUUGACGAUGGUAUCGAGCUCCUUCGGCAGAUCACGAGACCCACAAGAAUGUCAUCAGCUCGAGAAAGCCCCGAGUUUGAUCAUUGUGUACGAUGCAGCGGCGAUGUUUCUGGAAGAAAGGCUGGUGGACGAGGAGCCAGAUGAUAGCGAGAGCGCUAUGGAGCAAGAUCGUCGUCAGGGCAAGUGGCAAUUCAAGCCCGGCGUAUGCAUACACGACUACCUCAACUUGCUCGCUGCUGCUAGAGCGACUGCCCACCAUUUCUCCUCUAGCGACCCAUCGUCAGUCCUUCCCGUUGUCCACUAUACCGUAGGUAGCUGA